AUGGAUUAUAAUCCAUAUGGAAAAUAUGUUGAUCUUCUUAAUAGUCAACAUGAAAGUGUGACUUCUUUAGACUCUCCGCCAGUUCAUGUGGCUCGCACAGAAGGCACUGAAGAUUCAUGCUUCGGUGACACUCCUGCAGAGCGUAGAGAGCGAAGAACCUGGACGCCUACAGAUGAUAUAGUUCUAAUUAGCUCGUGGUUAAACACUUCUAAAGAUCCCGCUGUAGGGAAUGAGCAAAAGUCAGGUGCAUUCUGGAAGAGAAUUGCGGCCUUCUUUGCGGCUAGUCCUAAGCUUGCAGGCUGUGAAAGAAGAGAGUCAAUGCACUGCAAGCAACGUUGGCACAAGAUCAAUGAUCUUGUGUGCAAGUUCUGUGGAGCAUAUGAAGCUGCAGGGAGAGAGAGAACAAAGCUCCGCAACGACCAGAAAUGGUGUGAUUUAUCUACUGCUAAAACCGCCAGAAGCUCUAAAAAGAGGAAGUGUGAGGAUGGUUCACAAUCCUCAACAUCUCACGCAACUGACUACAAGGCUGGUGAAGCGGAUGAGGGAACUGCUAGGCCCACUGGUGUUAAGGCAGCGAAGAGCCGUGGUAAGAAGACAAUGGAAGAGGGGAAGGGGCUGGCCGAGUUUGAGCGUAUGUGGUCCAUUAAACAAGAGGAUUUGACUAGGAAAGAAAGACUCUCAAAGUUGGGUCUACUUGACCGUCUACUAGCAAAGACAGAACCAUUGGCUGAGUACGAAGAAGCUCUAAAAAAGAACCUCAUCAACGAGUUGUUCUCCACUUAG